GGCAGAGCGUGACUCAGAAUGGUGAGUCUUUGCUUCCUGUCACCACAGUGCACCGCACGCUGGCACUCAAAUUAUUGCUGAAUGCGUGAAUGUUAGGAAACCAGUAAAUGAUGAAAACUUGGAAGACAUUUUCAGAACUACUUCUGGAAGAUAAAUGUGAAACGUCUAUUUUUAUUCUCAGUUGUUUCCCCUUCAGCUUGGUUAACAAAUUAUUUUUCACAUUUAAUACCGGCUGCUUACCAAAAGAACGUCGAGUUAUGCUAAUGCUGCUUUGCUAAUGUAACUAGUCGUUUUAAACACGGGAAGAAAGGAUAAGUGUUUGGCUUUGCUACUACAUCUAUAUUUUCAUUUCUUUGAACGCUGUUAGCGUCAAAUGAGUUGGGGGAAUUUAGAUAGUAUGUUAGUUACACAAAUGUUGACAGUUAAACAAGCUUUGUAGCCUCAGCACCCUCCACUGAGGGUGUGGGAGGGAUUGAGCUAAGGAACAGGAGUUCCUGUGUAGGAGUUUCUUAGUGCGCUCUCCACCCAGAGCAAAGAAGGGGGUCAGAAAUGCCACAAAGAGCGUAUGAACCCUCAGGACUCUGGCUCGCUCUCUGUGCCUUACAUCGUUGAGUGUUUAGCGGAUAUUUUUAGAAACUAAUACAUAAGAAAUGGCUGGAAAUUAAACGAAUGUCCAAAGAGGAGAUUAGAAUCGUCAGCGACAUUCUUUUAAAAAUAACUGUCUGCCAAAAUGUCAGUACACACUGCUCAUAAUAGAAAUAACAGCAUUACUUCUACCCCAAAGAGUUCUUCACUAAGCGCCCUCACCCACAGUAGCAGACUAAAGCUGCAUUUGAAGUCGGAUAUGUCAGAAUGUGAAAAUGAUGAUCCGUUAUUGAGAUCUGCAAGUAAAACCAGAGACAUAAAUAGCACUUACGUUAUUUCUGCCAGUACGAAAACAGAAGGUAUAUCCCUUACCCCUAACCCUGUAGGUAAAUUGGCACUUCAGAGAAGAACUACAAGGAACAAAGAAUCAUCUUUGCUUGGUAGUGAGUCAGGAGAAACAACUGAAAAAACAGCAGAAAAAUGCCUUACAUUACAACGUCGUGCUAAAACAGAUUCUUCGGAAAAGUGGAAAACAGCUAAAACAGAUUACAUCGAGAAGUGGAAAACAAUGCAGGAUGUGGGAGGCGAAAGAGAAAAUAAUUGUGCUUCAAAGGAAACUACUACAAAUGUAAAUGUUGUAAAUAAUGUUAAAAACUCUUUUGUUGCAUCUUCUAUACCUUUAGCUAAAGAUCCAAAAGACAUUGAAAUGGUGGCUGAUGAGAAAUACAAAGAAACAUUUUCUGCCAGCAGUGGGGCAAAUGAAAAUGUUGCACUUAAAUACUCAAGUAACCGAGCACCCAUUGGUUCCCAGGAUCAAACUGAAGUUGUUAAAUCAGGACACUUGGCAGCGAAACCUAUUCAAAGCAAGUUGGAUGUGAAAGUGUUAGGAAUAGGAAACUUACAUCAUAGAAGUAUCGGGAAGGACCUUGCAAAAAAUUCAAAUAAAUUUGGAAGCUUAGAAAAAACACCUAUGAAAUGUAUAACAGACCACAAAUUGACACCAAAGAGUGGCAUGCCUCAGCUUAAGAGCCCAGCAGCCUCUGUACUCAAGAAUAGGAUGCCUAACCUUCAAGUUAAACAAAGGCCAAAAAGUUCUCUUCUUGCAAAUAAAAGGGAACGUUCACAAGAAAAUACACUCCCUGCUAUGGAAGAAACUGCAGUUCAGAACACCUCUAAAGAAACAGACCCCUUAAAAGUAGAGAACAGUCAAGUGACAGUGGCAGUACGCAUAAGGCCUUUCACCAAGAGAGAGAAGAUUGAAAAAGCUUCCCAGGUAGUCUUCAUGAAUGGGGAAGAAAUAACUGUGGAACAUCCUGACAUGAAACAAGUUUAUAAUUUUAUUUAUGAUGUUUCAUUCUGGUCUUUUGAUGAAUGUCAUCCUCACUAUGCUAGCCAGACAACUGUCUAUGAGAGGCUAGCAGCACCACUCCUAGAGAGAGCCUUUGAAGGCUAUAAUACCUGUCUUUUUGCCUAUGGUCAGACUGGCUCUGGAAAAUCAUAUACGAUGAUGGGAUUUAGUGAAGAACCAGGAAUAAUUCCAAGAUUUUGUGAAGAUCUUUUUGCUCAAGUAGCCAAAAAACAAUCCCAAGAGGUCAGCUAUCACCUUGAAAUGAGCUUCUUUGAAGUAUAUAACGAAAAAAUUCAUGACCUUCUGGUUUGUAAAGGUGAAAAUGGGCAGAGAAAGCAACCCGUAAGAUUAAAACAAUCUAUUAUUUGUUUUUAUUUUCUAUUCUUGAAUGUUGUCAGUUCUUACUCUGAUAUCAAGAGUUGGCUAGAAUUGGGAAAUAAACAAAGAGCAACAGCUGCUACUGGUAUGAAUGAUAAAAGCUCCCGAUCUCAUUCAGUUUUUACCCUCGUGAUGACCCAGACCAAGACGGAAUUUGUGGAAGGGGAAGAGCACGAUCACAGAAUAACAAGUCGCAUAAACCUGAUAGAUCUGGCAGGCAGCGAACGCUGCUCUACAGCUCGCACCAGUGGAGAUCGGCUGAAGGAAGGUGUGAGUAUUAACAAGUCCUUGCUAACUUUGGGAAAAGUUAUAUCUGCACUCUCUGAACAAGCAAACCAAAAGAGGGUUUUUAUUCCUUAUCGUGAAUCUGUUCUUACAUGGCUGUUAAAAGAAAGUCUGGGUGGAAAUUCAAAAACUGCAAUGAUUGCUACAAUUAGUCCUGCUGCCAGCAACAUAGAAGAAACAUUAAGCACGCUUAGAUAUGCUAGCCAAGCCCGUUUGAUAGUCAAUAUCGCCAAAGUAAAUGAAGAUAUGAAUGCUAAGCUAAUUAGAGAAUUGAAAGCAGAAAUUGAAAAGCUAAAAGCUGCUCAGAGAAACAGUCGGAAUAUUGACCCUGAACGAUAUAGGCUCUGUCGGCAAGAAAUAACAUCCUUAAGAAUGAAACUGCAUCAACAGGAGAGAGACAUGGCAGAGAUGCAAAGAGUGUGGAAAGAAAAGUUUGAACAAGCUGAAAGAAGAAAACUUCAAGAAACAAAGGAAUUGCAGAAAGCAGGAAUUACAUUUCAAAUGGACAACCACUUGCCAAACCUCGUUAAUCUCAAUGAAGAUCCACAACUAUCGGAGAUGCUGCUAUACAUGAUAAAAGAAGGAACAACUACAGUUGGAAAGUAUAAACCAAACUCAAGCCAUGACAUUCAGUUAUCUGGAGUGCUGAUUGCUGAUGAUCAUUGUUCUAUCAAAAAUUUUGGUGGGACAGUGAGUAUCAUCCCAGUUGGAGAAGCAAAGACAUAUAUAAAUGGAAAAUGUAUUUUGGAACCCACAGUAUUACAUCAUGGUGAUCGGGUGAUUCUUGGCGGAGAUCAUUAUUUUAGAUUUAAUCAUCCAGUGGAAGUCCAGAAAGGAAAACGACCGUCUGGUAGAGAUACUCUUAUAAGCGAGGGUCCAAAAGACUUUGAAUUUGCAAAAAAUGAGUUGCUCAUGGCACAAAGAUCACAACUUGAAGCGGAAAUAAAUCAGGCACAGUUGAAAGCAAAGGAAGAAAUGAUGCAAGGAAUCCAAAUUGCAAAAGAAAUGGCUCAGCAAGAGCUUUCUUCUCAAAAAGCUGCAUAUGAAAGCAAAAUAAAAGCACUGGAAGCUGAACUGAAAGAAGAGUCUCAGAGGAAGAAAAUGCAGGAAAUAAAUAACCAAAAGGCUAAUCACAAAAUUGAGGAAUUAGAAAAGGCAAAGAAGCAUCUUGAACAGGAAAUAUAUGUCAACAAAAAGCGUUUAGAAAUGGAGACUUUGGCGACAAAGCAGGCUUUAGAAGACCAUAGCAUCCGCCAUGCAAGAAUUCUGGAAGCGUUAGAAACUGAAAAACAAAAAAUUGCUAAAGAAGUAGAAAUUCUACAGCAGAAUCGGAGUAAUAGGGAUAAAACUUUUACAAUUCAAACAAAUUGGAGCUCCAUGAAACUCUCAAUGAUGAUUCAGGAAGCCAAUGCUAUCAGCAGCAAAUUAAAAACAUACUAUGUUUUUGGCAGACAUGAUGUAUCAGAUAAAGGUAGUUCUGACACUUCUAUUCGGAUUCGGAACCUGAAACUAGGGAUCUCAACUUUCUGGAGUCUGGAAAAGUUUGAAUCUAAACUUGCAGCAAUGAAAGAACUUUAUGAGAGUAAUGGUAGCAACAGGAGUGAAGAUGUCUUUUGUGAUCCUGAAGAUGAAUGGGAACCUGACAUUACAAAUGCUCCCAUUUCUUCAUAUUCUAGAAGGAGGAGCAGGAGUCUGAUGAAGAACAGAAGAAUUUCUGGUUGUUUACAUGACAUACAAGUCUACCCAAUUCAGAAUUUACAUUCUUCACGUUCAUCAGGUGUAAUGGAGAAAUCAAGCACCAUUUACUCAAAUUCAGCAGAAUCAUUUCUUCCUGGAAUUUGCAAAGAACUGAUUGGUUCAUCAUUAGAUUUUCUUGGACAGAGUUAUGAUGAAGAAAAAACUAUAGCAGAUAGCCUGAUGAAGAAUUUUCUCAAAAUUUAUGAUGCGCUAUUUGCCAUUUCCAAAGCUCAUGAAGAACAAGAUGAAGAAAGUCAAGACAACUUGUUUUCUUCUGAUCGAGCAACCCAGUCACUUACUAUCCAGAUGGCAUGUGCUUUCGAGCAGCUUGUGGUGCUAAUCAGACAUUGGCUGAAUGAUCUUCUACCUUGUACUAGCAUAGCAAAACUUGAGGAUGAAUUGAGAGAAGAAGUUAAAAAACUGGGAGGCUACUUACAGUUAUUUUUGCAGGGAUGCUGUUCAGAUAUUUCAUCUAUGGUAAAAGAGGCUCACAAGAAAGUGAUCCAAAGUGUACAACAAGCUGUCAAGUGUGUGGGGCAGUUAGCAGUUCUGAAAGGGAGCAAGCUACAUUUUCUGGAAAACAGUGACAAUAAAGCUGCCAGUGUCCAGGAGGAAUUCAUGGAUGCUGUUUGUGAUGGUGUAGGCUUAGGAAUGAAGAUCCUAUUAGAUUCUGGACUGGAAAAAGCAAAAGAACUUCAGCAUGAACUCUUAAGGCAAUGUACACAAAGUGAGGUUACCAAACAGAUGAAAGCUAAUGCCAUGGGAUUGAUUAGAUCUCUUGAAAACAUCUUUGCUGAAUGGAAAAUAAAAAGUUUCAGAACUCAAGUAUCAGAAGAAACUCCUGGAUACCAAGAUUUCAAGAAGAUGAUUAAUCUUGCUCCAGAAUUCUUGAAGUUAAAACAUUGCUUAGAGCAAACUAUUCAAAUUAUUAUUUCUUCACUGAGAGGAUGCAGCAAUGAUGUAAAUCUUCUUAAGAAUUGUGUGGAAAGUAUUUGCAGCUUGGCCGGCGAUUUUAGCAGUGACUGCAGUGUGCCCUCCACCUCUGCUGACGGCUGUGAGGACAGAGGGCCUCACGUUGGCCACAGGGAAGUAGAGUCUCUAGCUAAGUCACUCCUCUUCUAUUUUGAAUCUGAAGAAAGCCCCGAUUUGUUGAAACCCUGGGAAACUUGUAACCAAAACCCCAUAGAAGAAGAACAACAGCAGUUAAAAUCAAGCAGGGCUGACUGCAGUAAGGAAAAAGGAGUUCCAAAGCGUGUGUACGAACUCCACGGCUCAUCGCCGGCAGUGAGCUCAGAGGGAGGCACACCCAGCAGGAUUCAGUGGGUGUGAACACCGUUGCGUGGGCACUUUAUGACCGCCCAUGAAAGAAAAAGAACACUUGGUAGGCAAUUUUCCUUGUGCAGGAGAACAGAACAAGAAAUCGGUGCAAGUAUUUCAAAAAAGUCCAUGCCUUUGGUUUUGGUGGCCAUAUGUUGGGUAUAGACAAUAUAAGCAUUAUGGAAUCCUGGGUUUCAAAAUGCAUGAAUGUGUUUGCAGAAGUUUCUCAGAAAUUUUAAAUAGGAUAUUUGCCAUAUUAGAACAUUGAGGCCACAGAAUCAAAUUAGGAAUUCAGGACCAAGUGAAUGGUCAUGUUUCUAGUUUCCUAUUGCCUUAAAUUUAAAAUGUUUAUCUUUAAGAUUGAUAUGCUCUCUCUGAUUGGUUCAUUAGUCUGUUUGUGAAUGGUUAUUUUCCCUUAAAUGGAAACCUGAACAAUAAGUUACCCUUUGUGCCUGUGCCUUCUCUCCCCUGCAGAUAGCUGGGAUGAGGUUUAUGGUGAAUUGCCUAUACGAAUUUAACUAAGACAGCUUACUUGUAUUGUUAAAGCUAAAACUCUUUUCCCAAAGGGUUAACUGGUUGCCAUUUUGAAUAGUAUGUUCAUGGCAGUAGUUUGUUGUUUCUUUCCAAAUUAUAAGUAGCUACCUAAAUUUAGUAUACUUUUAUAUUAAUAAUGUGGCUUGCUGGCAUAAUAGUUUGCUAUGUUAUCUAUGUUGCAUAAUGGGGGCUGUGUGAAUAUAAUUUAAAACUAAUUGAAUGUUGCCAGAAUCACACUCACCUGUUGUGUGGGGUUGGGAGAUCACAGGCUGGACCUUUUCUUGCUAGUGCUUAUUUUGUUGAAGUCAUAAUGAAAGAGUUUGUGUACGAUUUGAUGAAGAUCAAAGAUCCUUAUAUUUCAUAGCUUUAAAAAUCUAUGAUCUAUAUCAAAUAAUAAAGACAGUAUUCUACUUGUGGGAUCUUAUAUUAAGGAAAUAGUUUGACAUUUUUGACCUCAAGAAUAGGUAUAAUUUGAAAAGAUACUUAGUAACUCUGCUUGGGUAAGCAGUUCCUAGAGAAUAAUUCUUUCAAAUAACCUGUUCCUUUUGUUUGCCCUUUUCACUUGUAGACACCACUUGCAAUUUGGCAUACUAUUGAAAUUGACUGUUAGUACCAUGAAUGAAUCUGAUAAUUUCCUUGUUAGGGAGAGAUUGUAAAUAAAUACUGGUCAAUAUAGUCAGAACAAUAUUAGUGAACCAUGUGUUAUGUUUUUAGGUGCUUUAAAAGGGUGCUUUUCUUUUUUUCUUUUAUUUUUGGCAUUUGAGCUUGAAUUUUUCUGAAGUUACAUGUAUAUCUUUAUCAGUCAAUGCUCUGGCAAGUAGCACUUUUGUUGUCAAGUUAGAUGAAGUGUAGAUGUAUAUACAAGGAUUUUUCCUGAAGGUUGUACUUUGAAGAACUUCCAGGAGUAUCUGUACAGCAGUUUUCAUUUUAGUAUUCAGUAUUUAAUCUUUAGUUUUUGCUUUCUAAACUCAUGACUUCAUUGGUCAAAAACUUUUUAAUGUCCAUGUAACAUUUUGU